GCCGAGGCGGGAUCCGAACUCGAGCCCCGUGACGCCAUCAGCGCGCGCCUGCCGCCGGGGCGCCGCGUGUGGCGCCUGGCUUGGUCGGACUGACAGAACAGAGGAGCGAGAGGAAGAAUGCUGCAGCUGCUGGCCUGCCGCGGCGACCUGGUGCUGCUCCGAGACUCGGUGGAGUGGGAGGGCCGGAGCCUGCUGAAGGCUUUGAUUCGGGAGGUCGCCCUGAAAGGGGAGCAGGUGCACGUCCUGGGCUGCGAGGUAAGCGAGGAGGCUUUCAGGGAAGGCUUGGACUCCGAUACCAACCUCCGGCUCGUUUACCACGAUGUCUUCCGAGACCCCCAGGGCUGGGCCGGGAACGGGGGGCCCCUGGGAGCCCUGAGAGCAUGCCUGAGGGGAGCCGACCCCGGCCCCUGCACCCUCGCCGUGGACUCCCUCAGCUGGCUGCUGCUGCACGCCCCCUGCAGCGCCCUGUGCCAGGCGUUGAAAGCCCUGGGCCGUGGCAGCGCCCGCCCGGGGCAGGUGCGUGUGCUCGGCCUGCUGCAUGAGGACGUGCACGGGCCGGGGCCAUUGGGCGCCCUGGGCAGUCUGGCCCAGGUCGACGUGACUGUGGGAGGGGGCUCGGGCUACGCGACCGCGCGCGUCCUCCACCCCAAGCCCAGACACCGCCCUAUCGAGCAGAACCACUGGUUCUCCAUCCUGCCGGACUUCAGCCUGCAUUUCCUUAGGGAACCCCCUGUGGAGGCCCAGCUCCACCGCAGGCCCCCCUCACCCACGAAGGACGUCAUGGCAGACUUGACCUUUAACGUACACCUGUCCAAGAAGGAAAGAGAGGCCCGGGAUACGCUGGCCCUGCCCUUCCAAUUCAGUUCUGAAAAGCAGCAAUCCUUGCUUCGUCCUGCUCCAGCCUCUUCAACCAGCCAAAUAUUCUAUGAGCCUGAUGCUGAAGACUACCUGGACCAGGAAGAUCCAGACAAUGACCUGGAUAUCUGAUGAUUCUGGAAGACCCAGCUGUGCCAUUGACCUAGAACCCGUUGACGGACUGUACUGAUAGCUCAGCUUGAAAGUUACGGUUUAAAGUCAUUGUGUAAACCAAAAAUUGAUAUAGUCAGAAUUGCCUUUGAAAAUCCGUUAAGUUACCCAUUAAACAUAGUACAGUAUCUUUAAACAGUUGUAACUGGGAAAGGGCUAGGAUCUCUUUUUUAAAAGGCAGUCUGUCAGAGAGCAGGUGGUGCAGAAUGGUUGCUGUAGAUAUAAUUGAAUACAAAUUUUAUUUUUCACUAUACCCAGCUUAGCUAUUGAUCAAGGAGGUGGGAGAGUAACUGGUCUUCUCAAAUCGUGGAAAAAACAGAUAAACAUUUAGCUGGUAAAGAAAACUGAUAGCUAAGGGAAAAAAAAAUUUGAAGAGGCUUUACACAUAAGUGUGAUUAUAUUAAUGAUGAACCACACUACCAUGUGAACUGUUUCACCAGGAAAUGCAAGGGAACAGCUCAUCAGGAGCCUUCUAGUUAAGCAGAAAUUCUAGAAAGGGUAACUAAUUAGGCUACCCUUCUCAUUAGCUCUACCAGCCUCAAGAUUAUGGGUACAAUUAGGAGAUUCUAGAAUCAUUCCAAGUCAAGUAAUCAUUGUACCAUUGAAUGGAGUAACAGAUCACCUGUAUUAUUUGAAUCAUUUUUCUCUCCCUUUUUAUUGUCCAACAAGUAUAAUUGAGUUAAUUUAAGAUUAAAAAAUAAAAGAGUGGGACUGAGUUUGACUAAAUUUGGAAAAAAGAGAGAAUCAAAGGAGGGCUAGAACCAUUGUUCAUUGUGAAUGGGAAGAUUAAAAGGCAGAGCUGCUCACCUUUUAUUUUGAAUCUGUUUUCUCUGCUAAAGAGAUUUUUGGAAUGUAAAGGGCAGGAGGGAGGGGACGGGCAGGUAUCAAAAGUGAGUUUUUUGUCCAUGCUAAGCCUAAUGAUGGUUAUCAGAGAAGCCCUCAGAUGUGUUGGACUGAGGAAUUUCCAUGGAGUUGGGCCUACACCAUAGCCACUGCUAUUCACACCUGUGCUCUGGCUAGGGCACUUCCAACAUGCUUCCUGGCCUCUCCCAGCAGCUCCAUAGUAAGUCACUUCUAAUGACACAUGAGCCUUGGUCUCUUGCUCAGGAAUAUGCUGGAACAAAAGCUCCUAAUUGGUCCCUAAGUCCCUGUGACAGGUGGGGAAGGGGGCCUAGGUGUGCCAAAGAGGAUAGGCCACUGAGCCAACCCACUUAGUAGACUUUAAGAGGAGUUGACUCCACCUUCUUGCUCAUUCUCUUCCUGAAUGUCAAGUAUGUCAGGACUCUUCAAGCUUUAUCUCAGACUUUCAGUGACAGAGACAAUUGCUCUCCCUUUCCCCCAGCAGUUUUAGCAGCUGUUCACACAUGGCAGUGAGAGCAUGUACUGUCUAGGUAAGACUGAGAUUAAAUCACAAUACCCGAGCUUCUUCUUCCUUGUGUGUCUUACCCUGAGCAGAGGUCACUAAAUAUGAAUCCUGAGAUGAAUCUUCCUAGCCUUGGCAGCAACUUUGUAAACCCAAGAAUUUCUGAUGUCCAGAAUCAAGUGCAAUUUGCCCAGUGGAAAGUACUUCCUGUUUGGACAGUAUUUCUCAGAGGAAAAGAUAACUACUACCGACAAGAUGAGCCUGGCUCGCUAGAAAAUGUGGACCUUGAGUGAACUGAGCAGACUGUAGAUCUGAAGGGAAAGUGCUCAGCAAUCCCACAAGUUUCUGAGGAGCCUUUGCUUUGUGGGAGAAUAUAAUAAAAGUUAUUAGUUACUAUGUCAUGUUUAAA